GCCCGAGCCGCGGCCAUGCAGAGGGUGCUGGGGGCCGGGCCGCUGCACUGGGAGGCGGUGACGACGGCUCGGGGGAGCGGGCGGGCCGGGCUCAGGCUCCUAGCGGAGGCGGGCCGGCGUAAGGCCGCGUUACUAUGGCAGCCAGUGAGCGGUGGCGGGGCUCCGCCAACCGGAAGUGACGCCCCGGAAGGCGGAAGUGGCGGGAAAGGCGGUGGCGCUCUCGGGCGGCGCAGGGGGAAGCACGUGGCGGCCGCGGCCCGGGCUGGCCUCGACGCGCCGGGCCUCCUGCCCAUGGUGGAGACGUUCUGCACGUGGGCCAUGCGCGUGGCCGAGGCUGAUCUGGUGCAGCAGUUCCGCAGCUCGCGCCCCGAGACGGAGAAGCGGCAGUGGGUGCACGGCAUCCUGGAAACCAUCCAGCGCUGCAGCCACGUCCUGGAGGUGUCCAUCCCCGUGAAGCGGGACACCGGCCACUGGGAGGUGAUCGAGGGCUGGCGGGCCCAGCACAGCCAGCACCUCCUGCCCUGCAAAGGGGGGGUUCGGUUUUGUGAGUCAAUUAGCAUUGAUGACGUAAAAGCCCUGGCAGCCUUAAUGACAUACAAAUGUGCUGUGGUGGAUGUUCCCUUUGGUGGUGCCAUGGCUGGCGUGAAGAUUGAUCCAAAGAAGUAUUCAGAAGGUGAGCUGGAGAAAAUAACAAGGCAGUUUACGAUUGAAAUGGCCAAGAAGGGAUUUAUAGGGCCUGGAACUGAUGUUGCUGCUCCUGACAUAAAUACAGGGGAAAGGGAGAUGUCCUGGAUUGCUGACACCUACUCCCGCACUCUUGGGUACAAGGAUAUCAAUGCCCAUGCCUGUGUGACAGGGAAGCCUAUUAGUCAGGGAGGAAUCCAUGGGAGAGUCCCUGCCACAGGCCGUGGUUUGUUGCAUGGGGUUGAGAACUACAUCAACAACACACUCUAUAUGAACCUCAUUGGCCUGAGCCCUGGUUUCCCUGGCAAGACCUUUGUGUUGCAGGGCUUUGGCAACACGGGCCUGCAUACCAUGAGGUACCUGCACCGCUAUGGAGCAUGCUGUGUGUGUGUCGGGGAGGUGGAUGGUGCUAUUUACAAUUCCAGCGGGAUCCAUCCCAAGGAACUAGAAGACUAUAAGAAGGAACAUGGCACCAUAGUUGGCUUUCCCAAAGCAGAGUCUUAUGAUGGCAGCGUCCUCGAAGUACCUUGUGACAUCCUCAUCCCAGCUGCUAUCGAGAAGCAGCUCACGAAAGAUAACGCGCAUCGGGUCCAAGCCAAGAUUAUUGCCGAAGCUGCCAACGGCCCCACGACACCAGCAGCCCAUGAGAUCUUCCUGCAGAGAAAUAUCCUCGUCAUCCCGGUACGGCCGACACCUCUUCGCCCUGGCCCCGGGGACUGUGGUCCUGCGAGUCAGCCCAGGGUGCAGAGUAGACAGCCGGGAGAGCUUCCUUUGCUCUCCCGGGCCCCACGGUGGUUCCUGCCCCUGGUGCUGGUGCAGCGAUUCUGGCUAGGAGCCGGGUCAACAGUUGGAAGGGACCUAAAGCGAGGUGCUGCUGCACACUGUUCCCCAUGCAACUCCAGUUCCUCUCCCAUGAGACGGGUAGUAGGAGCAGGGAGGGACCUGCCUGCAGCAGCUGCCCUAGGAUGGCUCUGGAGCGGAUGUAUUGGGACUCUGUUCUGUGUGUUGAGGGGCCUCCCCGCAGCCACAGGCGGGUCUAUUCCAUCACGGCCUCUCCCCUUGCAGGACCUGUAUGUGAACGCGGGCGGCGUGACGGUUUCCUUCUUCGAGUGGCUGAAGAACCUGAACCACGUGAGCUAUGGCCGCCUGACCUUCAAGUACGAGCGGGACUCCAACUACCACCUGCUGAUGUCUGUCCAGCAGAGCCUGGAGCGGAGCCUUGGGAAGGGCAGCGGCGAGAUCCCCAUCGUCCCCUCCCCGGAGUUCCAGGCCAGGGUGGCAGGGGCCUCCGAGAAGGAUAUCGUGCACUCGGGUCUCGCCUACACUAUGGACCGCUCAGCCCAGCAAAUCAUGAACAUGGCCAUGAGGUACAACCUAGGCUUGGACCAGAGAACCGCUGCCUACCUGUGCGCCAUCGAGAAGGUGUUCAGGGUGUACAAUGAAGCUGGGUUCGCAUACUGAUGUGAGCUGUCACCUGGCCUUGGCUCUCCAUCCCUGGGCUAAGGGCACAGCUGCCUGAAACGCUCCUGGAAAGAGACUCUCGGGGGGGUGGGGGGAGAGAAGGAGAAGUGCUGGUGGUGGGGGUCGGGGCAUGUUUGUCCCUGUGGCUCAAACCUCAGCCCUCCCGCGUUGCAGAGGGAGCCACUGCCGCGGCUGCGUUCUAGUUUUGUGAGUGCCACCAUGCACUGUCUCUCCAUAAACCAUUUACCGGGA